AUGAGCAUGAGCAAUUUAAAGAAAACAAAAAUAGAUGAUAAAAUUAUACAUACAAAUAAACAUGAUAAUGAAGAAAGAAGGAAGAGACUAGUAAUAUUGAAACGAAGAAAAGGACAAAAUGAUAAGAUAAAAUGUGGGACAAAUAUAAAACGUAAAGGCUUCAUUUUUUAUAGAAAUUUUUAUUUUGUACUCUUCCUUUUAGUAUACAUAUUUCAAUCUUUUAACGAGUGCCCUUUUAACCAUUAUUGUAGUUAUCAAGAAAAAAAACAGCACUACAGAAUAUUAGCAGAUUAUCACAACAUUUCAGAUACAAGCACAAAUAAAACUAACACCUUAUUUGAACCAUCUAAUGUUAAGAAAGAAGAGCAAAAAAACAAACAAACAAAAAACUCAGGGUUAUCACAUAUGUUUAGCAGUGAAAUUAAUAAAACACAGACAAACGAAUCAAAUAAUAAAAGAGAAAUUAGUUUAACCGUCAAAAAUCAAAAGAACCAAACAAAUAAAUCAAAAAACAAUAAAAAGGAUAAACGUAAUAUUAGUAUAUCAAAUAAAAGAAAUCAAAGCAUUAGUAGUAAUAAUAAUAAUAAUAAUAAUAAAGAAGAAGAAGAAGAAUGUACUAAAAAUUUUACACAAUAUUUACAUUACUUCAAUAGUAAUUUUAGAGAAAAUCAAAAUAUAAAUACAACACCAACAAAUGAGUUUUCUGAACAACAACAACAACAACAACAUCAUAAUGAUUUAAAAAAUAAAAAUAAAAACAAUUCCGAAGGACAUAAUUAUACACAUACAAACUUACCAAACAAUAAUAAUAAUAAUAAAGUCAAAGGACAACAAUAUAAUCAUCAAACAGAAAAUAAAAAUAAAAAUAAAAUAAUUAAUUAUCCCAGACAAGAUAGUCAAACAAAUCAUUACGGAAGAUAUACUAGUAGAACUAAUAAUCAACCAAGACAAGAUAACCAAACAAAUUAUUAUUCAAGAUAUACUAGUAGAUCCAAUAAUCCACCAAGACAAGAUAGCCAAACAAGUUAUUACGGAAGAUAUACUAGUAGAACAAAUAAUCAACAUCGAUCAGAAAACGAAAAUGAUGAUGAAAGUGAUUAUGAUGAUGAUGAAGAACUACAAGGACAUUCUGUAGUUUAUAAUGAUAAAAUACGAAAAAGUAAUAAUCGACAUGAAUCUUUACAUUCCUAUAACAUUAAGGAGACCCCAAAAAAGAAUAAAAAAAAAUCACAACGUAAUAAUACAAAUAACAAUAAAACGGACAAUUACGAUUUUAAUAAACACACAAGUCAGCAAAUAAAUAGUGAAUCUAAUGGAUCCUAUGGAUAUAAUCAACAAUAUAAUCAUUCUACACAACAUGAACUAUUUAUACCACAAGCACAUUAUACACCUUAUCAACAAAUUACACCUUAUGGACCUUCUGGACAAAUUGUACAUUAUGGUCCUUAUAUACAAAAUGGUAAUCAUAUCGAACCUGUUCCAUAUGUUGUAACAUCAUCAGGAGAAUUAAUGGUACCACAGUAUAAUGCAAAUGGUGCUUAUGUAGCCGUACCAGUAGAUGCAAUUACACAACAGCAAAUUAAUUUGUAUAUAGAUUCAACCGUUCAAAGAAGGGAAUUACAAAUGCGUAAUGUAUACACACAGGAAUUAGUUCAAUACAAAAGAGAAUUAGAUUUAGAACAUCAAUACAAAAAAAAAACGUUGAAGUUUCAGCAGCUAUUAAUUAAUGCAGCUAUGCUUAGUUUGUUAAUAGGUUCAAUAUGUCUUUUAUUUCUUUAA